AUGGCCAAGCGCCCGCUGCUGUUGCUGCUGCUAACUGUGUGGGUGCUGGCUGGGGAGCUGUGGCUGACGUCUGAGGCCCGAGCAUCGCCCUACGGGGUGAAGCUCUGCGGCAGGGAAUUCAUCCGGGCAGUCAUCUUCACCUGCGGGGGCUCCCGGUGGAGACGGUCGGACAUCCUGGCCUCUGAAGCUGCAGGUGACCGCUUACCAGAUGCAGACUCGGACCCAGACAGUGAGGGGGAUGAGGCAGUAGCCUCCAGCGAGUGGUUGGCCCGGACCAAGAACCCCCUGGCUUUCUAUGGGAGUGAACCCGUCUGGCAGGGAGCUCCGGGGGCUCUGCGCGGUGGCCGCGAUGUCGUGGCGGGUCUCUCCAGCAGCUGCUGCAAGUGGGGGUGCAGUAAGAGUGACAUCAGCAGCCUCUGCUAG